GCAAGACGCUGAAGCGAGUAGAGUGGUCCCGCAUAUUCACGUCUUUAGCCAAAUUCUCACAGUACACAGGACUGUGCUCAAUAUAACAAUAGCCUACGUAGAAAGUGUUUUAUUACAGGACGAGGGAUUCGCAUUUGUCCUUUUAAGAGAGAAAUGAAAUAUAAUACUUUGUGUAUUCCUUUACUUUGGGCAGUUAUAGUUUUCACCUCGGAAGUUGGAGGGAGCAAACACUUAAAAGAUGAUUUGGCUGAAAAACACCUGGGUAUGGAUGAAAAUAGGGUCAAUGUUCUCCAGUCCAAGAUUAAGUUCAACAUGAGGAAAUUCCUGGAUUUGGAUGAGGAGGGGUGCUACCUGCAGCCAGGCAAGAGGGAAUGUCUGGAGGAGUGUGGCUUCAAUGCCACAGCCAAGACCAUCCUGGUCAUUCAUGGCUGGACGAUGAGUGGUAUGUUUGAGAACUGGAUGCACCAGUUGGUGUCAGCAAUAAAGAAGCGGGAGACUGAAGCUAACGUGGUGGUGGUAGACUGGCUCUCACUUGCGCACCAGCUCUACCCCGACGCUGUUAACAACACCAAACUGGUCGGCCUCAGUAUUGCUACUCUGCUGGACUGGCUCCAGGAUGAGUCUCAGCUGCCCCUGGAGAACGUGCACAUGAUUGGCUACAGCCUGGGAGCGCAUGUCGCCGGUUACGCAGGCACUUUCGUGCAUGGAACAGUUGGCAGGAUCACUGGAUUGGACCCGGCUGGACCAAUGUUUGAGGGAGUGGAGUCAGACCGACGGCUGUCCCCAGAUGAUGCUGACUUUGUAGAUGUUCUUCACACCUAUACUCGGGAGGCUCUGGGUGUGAGCAUUGGGAUCCAGCAGCCGAUUGGGGAUAUUGAUAUCUACCCUAACGGUGGAGACGUACAGCCUGGCUGUGGGCUGGGACAUGUGCUGUCUACUGCAGCUGCUGGAAACUUCAUGGAUGUAAUGGAGUGUGAGCAUGAACGAGCAGUGCACCUGUUCGUCGACUCUUUGCUCAACAAAGACCACCUGAGCUUUGCCUACCAGUGCACAGGGCCAGACCGCUUCAAGAAGGGCAUCUGUCUGAGCUGCCGGAAGAACCGCUGCAACAACAUGGGCUACAAUGCUAAGAAAAUGCGCAAGAGGAGGAACAGCAAGAUGUACCUGAAGACUCGAGCUGACACUCCCUUUGGAGGCUACCAUUACCAAAUGAAGAUGCAUGUGUUCAACAAGAAGCAGGCUGAUGACGCCGAUCCCACCUUUACUGUGAAAUUGUACGGUGCCCGCAACGACACUGAAGACUUAAGCGUAGACAUACCUGAAGGAGUUGGCCUGAACUUUACAAACACCUUCCUUGUCUUUACGGAGGAGGACAUUGGUGACUUGUUGAAAAUUAAGCUCACGUGGGAAGGGCCUGUCCAGUCCUGGUCCUCCAUGUGGAAAACAUUAAAGAACUCACUCUGGUCCUGGUCCAGCCAAUCCACUAACAAGGUGUUGGAGGUUCGUCGGAUCCGCGUAAAGUGUGGAGAAACUCAAAAGAAGUUCACCUUUUGUGCUGAUGACCCCAACUCAACUGAGAUAUCAUCUGGGAAUGAGCUGACAUUCGUAAAAUGUCGUGAUGGCUGGGAGGUGAAGCCAAGAAAAAGAUUGCACUUUUAACUCCGAACUAUGCACUGAAGAAAAUGGAAAGCACCAGCCUGGAGCCACUGUUACUGAAGGGGACCUGUGUGAGGAUGUGAGAACGCACUUUUAGACAGAGCUCUCAGUCAGUGGGGCUAUCUCUGACAUGGUCCUCACUGUCCAAUUGCCUGCCUGCUAACACUGAGCAGGCCAUGGGCAGUAUGUCACAUUGUCGUUAUACUAAAUUAUGAAGAAGGAAGCACUGUAAGACCAAGUACAUUCAUCACCCGGGAGCUGUAUUACAGAAACAUCCUAUCUCAGGCAUACAAGAGAAUCUGGAGAGGAAUUUCUCUUGGAAUGUGGUCCAUGGAGCACACUUGAUGCCAAAGCACAGGAUUCUCUGUAUACACAUGUGCCUCUUGCAAGUACUGCAAAAACGUCAGUUACAUACAUGUGUAUGCGGUAUGACCAAUUUAUUUUUCGGGGGAAUUAAUUGAACAAUGUUCAGUUUGAAUACACUGUAUUAUUGAAGGACAUAUUCAGUAAAGUAAAUGCA